AUGGGGCUUACACUGCAUGAGGUCAGGGACGAUGAGGAAUUCGUCCCUCUUUUGGUGGCGUUCCGUGAGGGCUUCGCGACUCCGGACUGUGCUCUUUGGCGACUUUUCAUGGGCGACUGGAAACCUCACGACCCCGCUGCACGCGAAGCUGCGCUCCAAGAAGCUACGGAGCGUUUGCGUUCUUGGCACCGCGCCGAUCCGACAAGUACAUGGCUCAAGGUGGUCGACGACGAAACGGGGGAGCUCGUUGCUGGCGGGAGGUGGAGUUUAUACAAGAAGGAAAAGCCGAACCCGUAUACCGGACAGCAACGAGUCGAGGCACUGUGGUUUCCCGACGGUGAACCGAGGAGGAUCGCAAGCGGGUUGAUGAACGACUUUCUGGGGACGGCCGUGAGAAAUGCGAAUCGACCUCAUGCCUAUUUGAAUUUCUUGUUCACAGUUCCGGAACACCGUCGUCGAGGGGCAGCAUCUCUCAUCAUGGACUGGGGCGUCGAGAGAGCCGGUCAGCAGGGUUUGGAUGUCUACAUUGAAGCCACCGAGAACGGAAAGCCUCUGUACGAGAAAUACGGGCUUGAGGCUCUCGAGCAGAGCUCUCUGGAGGUUAAUGAGGCUGAGUUGCCGCCGACGAGCGACCCGCUACUUCGCGACGAGGUCAUUAGACAACUGACGCCUUUCACGUGGUGGAGUAUGGUUAAGAGAGCAGAAGUAUGA